GUGAGGUUAGAGACGCAUUUAAAUUGUUGAGGAUUCUCGGGGUCGCUUUUUCUACCGUAACUCCUGCUAAUUGGUCAAUUAGUUCCAGUAACUUUAGCUCGUCCCGGUCCGCAUGCUUACAUCGGCCGGCCUACUCGAUAUAGUCGCUCUUGUAACUUCGCUCUCCAAGAUCUUUCAUCAUUCGUCCGUUUCACCACCUUCGCUGGCACCCUACCUCCCCCUUUGGGCCUACACCAUAUCUGAUCGGGAAUUUAAAAGAUUCGAUCCUAGGGCUCUCGAUACCAGGAAAACCUGGCCAAAAACAGGUUCGGGGUAACCUUACAUCCUACAUCUCACAUAGACACCUACAUGUUGCAGAAACACGUGCGAGCCUGGACCAGCAGGGCGACCAGACAGCUCUCCACUAUGGCAUCAUCCGCAACCUCCAAUACACCGAUGGAGGAUGCCAUUCGGGCAAAGAUCACUGAGGCUCUCAAGCCCUCGACCCUGGAGAUCUUUAACGACUCCCACAAGCACGCACACCACAAGGCCAUGGUGGGUAGCACUUCCAAGGAGACGCACUUCAGACUGGUAAUCACCUCCGAGGCUUUCAGGUCCAAGAUGCAGCCCGCCCGACAUCGCAUUAUCUACCAGCUACUGGAGAGUGAGAUGGCUCAGGAGGGGGGUAUCCACGCCUUGCAGUUGCGGACUAUGACGCCGGAAGAGGAGGAGCGAAGAAAAGAACGGGAGCAGCAGAGCUCCGCUAGUGCCACGGCCGAAGCAAGUUGAACAUGGGCAAAGUCUGGGACUUGGAAGCGGUUGAUGUGUGUACGAUACUGUCGUGCGUACGAGAAGAUGUCAGGCUUAACUUGGCAAAUGACUCUAGCAAAUACACGAUGACUCACGAUCUGAUAUGCCAUUCCUAGUACGCCGACGAAGACCGGGAUCCUAAUCAUAGAUAG